CAAUUGAAACAUGUUGCCUUAAAUAGGCUCCGGAAACAGCGAAGUUGCGAAAUCAGAGAGCUAUCUGCUGGAAUCAGCUACCGCCAGCGAGGUAUGGGACUAGAGGGAGCUGCGCUCACAUUCUGAGCUUAGCCUCGUCAACUCCCACUCUACAAGGAUUAGCCCAGAGCCAGCUCCGGCGGAUCGGGGAGAAGGCGGUCAUCAUUUAGACACGCAGUCCGAGAACGGACUGUGGAGAGAAUUGUGAACUCCCGUUCCCUCGGGAUGUCCUGGAAAGCUCAGUUUGUUGUGUGGGUCGCUCUGCUGCCCCUGGUCGCUGCUCUUCAUUCAGGGAACCGUUCACAAGGUAAACCUGGACCCAGAACCUUUAAGGGUAAUUUGGAUCCUGACCCUGGUGAAUAUAUCGAUCUUGAAGGGAUAUUUGAAGAUGAGGGUUCGGGCCAAUAUGAUGGAAGUGGACUGAGAGAAAGAUUUGGAUUGGAUGAAAAUAGAUCCAAUGUGCUCAAUAGAAGCUCCGAGAAACUCCAAUUGGCCAUUUCCGCCUCAGCAAGAGAGUAUCUAAGCAGCCAAUGGAUUACUGUAUUUAUCCCCUCUGUCUACACCAUUAUUUUUGCAGUCGGGCUGCUUCUCAACUGCAUUGCAAUCUUAACUAUUCACUUCAAAAUGAAACUUGACAAGCCAACUAUAAUUUACAUGUUAAAUUUGGCCCUGGCAGAUUUAUUAUUUGUGCUGUUGCUUCCAUUGAAGAUCGCCUACUAUUUUUCUGGUAAUGACUGGAGUUUUGGUUCUUUCCUCUGUCGAUUGGUCAAUGGCGGGUUUUAUGCUUACAUGUACUGUUCAGUGUUACUGAUGAUGUGUAUUAGCAUCGAGCGAUUUAUUGCUGUCGUUUUUCCGUUAAGAUCAUCCUCCUGGAGGAGCUCACAGCGUGCGCUUGCACUUUGCCUCAUCAUGUGGCUUUUAGCCAUUGGUGGCGCAAUGCCACUUUUCUUCAUUGAGCAAACAGCGUACAUCACUAAUCUGAACAUCACAACUUGCCAUGAUGUGCUUCCCCUCUCUACCCUAAAAAGCUACUUCACCUAUUACUUUCCCAUUCUGUGUGCUCUUUUCUUUGUCAUCCCCCUGGUGGUGACCACAGUCUGUUACGCGGGUAUAAUUUCAACCCUCUCUUCAACAACAGUCGCAAGCGAAUGCAAGAAGACAUCAGCCAUCAAUUUGGCUGUGAUUGUGCUUUCAGUCUUUAUUGUCUGCUUUGCACCAUCUAAUAUCAUUUUGUUCAUACACUAUCUUUAUAUUCAGCAUGGAGCAAGUGACGCCCUCUAUUUUGCUUAUAUGCUGUGUGUGUGCAUGGGCAGCCUGAGCUGUUGCUUUGAUCCUCUCAUUUAUUAUUAUGCCUCAUCGCUGUUCCAGAAGCAUUUUACAAAUCUUUUUUGUUCUCAGGAUGUUACUAAAUCUGGGAGUAGUCAAACAGGAUCCAAGAACUGUAAAACAGCAAACACCAUUCUCAAUGAUAGUGCCUACAAAAAAUUACUAAUUUAAAUCUAUUACAACACUCUUAUUUUAUUAAAGGUACAGUAAAAUGUAAUUUGAAAGAAAAUAUAUAAACUAUCCUCUAGUUUUUUAGCUUCAUUGUAUUUUUAUGCUUCUUGUCCUUUUUUGUUUUAUCUACAUCUAUCUUGUGAUAAAAUACAAUGUAAUUAAAAUUUACCAAUAUUGGUAAUAUUUCAUUUUGCACAUUAUAUUUGUUGAGUAUAUUCAGAGUAUGGUUAUCAGCACAAUUUCACUACCACUCAGUGUAAAUAAUGCUUACUGUUACAAAAUGUAAUGUUUUAGAAACGAAACAGCAGCAAUAAAUUACACCUGGAGUCUGA